AUGUCUGGAGGAUUUUUAUAUUAUCUUAUUAAAGUUAAGAAGCAACCGUUCUUCUUGAAUGCCUCACAAGAAAGAGGAUGGUUGAGACCUAGACCUUUGCAUUCUUAUCACUUGAUAGUGUUUGCUUAUAUGUUGUUCGAAGGACUUCAUAUGAUAUUUUUGGUAAAUGAAUUAUAUCCUAAUAUGAUAGCAGCUGAACUUGGCAACGUUAUGGCAGAUGCCUUUUCGGCAGCCGCUGCAACAUUAUAUCCCGUUAGUAUAGUUUAUUCCACACCAAACGUACAACUUAAGAAUGAAAAUUCGAACUUCAAAAAUUUUAAUUAUGUUGGACCAAGCGCACGUUUAGUUGACAUUGUUGGGAUUAUAUUAUUUUUUGAACCUUUAGUUACGUUGUUUCCUUUGGCCUAUUUAGCGGGACAUUACGCUGAAAUUGAUGAUUUGAAAAUGGCAAAUGCUUUCUAUUCUGCGCAUUACUUUGCUUGGGUAGCCUGGGAAAUUACGUACCUUACAGUCUUAGCAUAUUAUUGGUACAGAUUAACAUCUAUAAUUAAAAAACAUAUUAAAGUAUUAGAGGAACGUGAAUCUACCGGGGUUGUUAGUAACAAUCAUAUCCAAUCUAUCAAACGAGGUACCAGAAAUGCGAUUAUAUAUGUCGUUAUGUGUUUAACGCAUCGAAGCAGUACAAUUUAUAAUUUUGGAUGGAGUACAUUUUAUUAUUGGAUCGGAUAUGUUGCUUUCCCUUUAUUGGGAUUCAGCGUUGAAAGUACUUUGAUUUACUUUAUUAUAAAGAAUUUAAGGAAGUCACCACCAGGCUCUUCUAAUAAUAAAUCAACAACAUCUUCUUCAUCGCAAUCUCAAUUAAACUCGAACAAACUCGUAAAUGCGGAAAAUCAAAUUACUACUAAUAAUACAAAUUUAAGUUGCAUACCCAAUAAGAAAUUUAGUAUUUCCAUCAACAAACCUACUAUGACAGUUAUUCAUUGCACUUCCGAAAUUACUGAAACAAUUACUUUAGUUGAAGAUAAUAAUAAAGAAGAAAUACCUUGA